AUGCUUUAUUUUGCAAACCCUCUUCUAAGAAACAUCAUUAUCAGAAGUCAAUUUGAUAGCAUCAAGAGGAAGCAAUGCCUCCAAUAUCUGAAAACUCUGAGAAUGUUGCAAUAUGAUGGAUUCAAGACUGUAUAUUUUGGGGAAACUGAUAUCCCAGAAAGUCUUGUAACUGGGGAAGAUUUUAGUGAUGGAUAUUUCAUUCAGACUCCAACUUGGUAUAUUGUGCAUGCUGGUGGUAGUGAAGGAUGGGUGCCUUGGAAAUAUCGGAUGUUCCUAAGAGAUGAGCUGUGUAUCAAAGAAGAACAUGGCCUCUUCUCUGAGUUCUGUGAUGUGGUAAAGAGGGCCUAUGGAAAGUGUGCCAUCGUAGUCAAAGAGAGAAGGAGGCAGGAUGAGAUGAGGCCAAAGGAAGACAGAGAGACUGAGGCCCAGUCCUAUGUCCCAAUGGUCAUUAACUCAACAAGCAUCGUGUGUUGCCCAGAAGUAGCCAAGUCUUAUGGCCAUCAAUUACUCUCUCUGCCUUCCCCUUACAAUUACCUGAACCCUUUAGAUUCAGCCUGGUCUUCUCUGAAAUGGUUUAUCAUCAAUAACAGAAAAGAGUUUUGUUUGCAGUCCAUUGACAGUAUCUAUUCUUACCACUAUAUACUUUUCAGCGAUUUAAUUAGCAAAGGGAUUGAAAGGAUAAACCCAAGCAAGUGGAGAACAUUAACUAACAAAGUACGGAGAUGGGAAAACUACUAUCUUGGGAAAUUUUCUUAA